AUGUCGAGAUCCAGUGCUUCAAUCCUCGACAUCCGUCGCAGCAAAUUCGAUGAAUCUAUCCCAAACCAGGUUGUGCAAGGUCUUAAGAGCCAACCCAAGACUCUUCCGGCUCUCCUCUUCUACAGUACUGAGGGGAUUCGACAUUGGAAUAGACACUCUCAAGCCUCAGACUUUUAUCCUCGGAAAGAGGAGAUCUACAUACUGGAGAAGAAAGCACAAGAAAUAGCCGCAUCUGCCAGAGAUCAGAGUGUUAUUGUCGAUUUUGGUACGCUUGAAGCUGAACAGAAGUCUAUUACCUACUAUGCUCUAGAUUUGAGUUUUGAAGAGUUGGAAUCUACCAUUCACGCUAUUCCACAAAACAAAUUCCAUUACGUGAACAUCAAAGGUCUGCAUGGGACUUUCGAAGAUGGACUACACUGGCUGAAGGAGACGCCUAGCAUCCGGGACCUUCCUCACAUUCUCCUCCUCCUUGGACUGACAAUUGGCAAUUUCUCGCGGCCCAAUGCGGCGAAAUUUCUUCUCAGUAUUGCACAGCAUGCCAUGACCCGGAAUGCAGAGAAUAGCUCUAUCAUCUUAACCCUGGACAGCUGCAAAGUGCCGACGAAGGUUCUGCGUGCCUACAACGCGGAUGGUGUAGUUCCAUUUGCCUUGGAGUCUUUAAAUUAUGGGAAUUUUCUUUUGCAGCAGGAAUCUAGCCGGGAGAAGAGGCAGGUAUUCAAUUUAUGUGAAUGGCACUACUUGAGCGAGUGGAACUUUGUCGACGGGAGACAUGAAGCCUCGUUGAUUCCUUCGUCAAAGGAUAUCAGGUUAGGCUCCCCACUGGAUGAAAUCGUUAUUCGGCAAGACGAGAAAGUCCGGUUUGGCUGCAGUUAUAAAUAUGACUGUCUCGAGCGUAAUGAGCUCUUUUCUGCUGCAGGUCUGCGUGAGGUUGCUGUGUGGUCCCAGGAGGGUUGCGAUGUGGCAUUCUAUUGUUUAAAAUUACCUGUUGGUUAG